AUGGCGUCCUCCAGCGGAGCCGGCCGGGCGCCCGAGUCCGAGCAGUCGCCGGAGACGCCGGGGGACCUGCGCAGCGUCCUGCUGACCAGCGUCCUGCACCUGGAGCCGCUGGACGUGGACCUCUUCCGGGGAAGGCACUACUGGGUGCCCGUCACGAAGCGUCUUUUUGGAGGGCAGAUAGUGGGCCAGGCACUGGUGGCAGCAGCAAAGGCCGUGACGGAUGACCUGGAAGUCCAUUCACUCCAUUGCUACUUUGUGAGGGCAGGGGACCCCACCGUGCCAGUUCUGUACCAGGUGGAGCGCACCCGCACCGGGAGGAGCUUCUCGGUGCGCUCGGUCAAGGCCAUCCAGCACGGGAAGGCCAUCUUCAUAUGCCAGGCUUCCUUCCAACGAGGGCAGCCCAGUCCGGUGCAGCACCAGUUCCAAAUGCCGGCUGUGCCUCUCCCGGAGGAGCUGCUGACGCAGGAGCAGCUGAUCCAGAAGUACCUGCGGGACCCCAACCUCCUAGAGAGAUACCGGCAGGGACUCCAGGGGAUACUGGCCCAGGAAGUUCCGAUUGAGAUGAAGCCGGUGAACCCACCUGACGUUUUCCACCAGAACUCCCAGGAACCCAAGCAGCUCGUCUGGGUGCGUGCCAAGGGCUACAUCGGCGAAUGCGACAUGAAGCUGCACUGCUGCGUGGCUGCCUACAUCUCCGACUACGCCUUCCUGCGGACGGCCCUGUUGCCGCACCAGCACCACAAAGUCAAGCUCAUGGUCUCGCUCGAUCACACCAUGUGGUUCCACGCGCCCUUCAGAGCCGAUCAGUGGAUGCUGUACGAGUGCGAGAGCCCCUGGGCCGGUGGCAGCCGGGGCCUGGUGCAGGGCCGCCUGUGGCGCAGAGAUGGCGUGUUGGCGGUCAGCUGUGCCCAGGAAGGAGUAAUUCGAUUGGAGGAAGAGCAGCGGGGCACCAGCAAGUUGUAGCACUGGCUUUUCUUUCUUCCCUUGGCUACUUCUCUCCUAACGGGAGCCCCCCCCUCUUACACUGAUUGAGUCUUCGAUGGGUGGCGGUCGCUUACCAGGACCCCCGUAACCCCUGGAGGUGGCACUUACAGAUGGAAGCACUGGCACCCCACUUUCCUUGGACAUAUUAAUUUAUUGGAGACGGGCUUCUGUCCCCCGACCGUUAAUAAAGGGAGGAAAGUG